AUGUCUGCUCUGAAUACCUCUUAUUUACGUCCAAAAGAAUUUAUUCUGAGUGGAUUCACAGGAAUGGAAAGCUACCAGGCGUGGAUUUCUAUUCCAUUUUGUGCCAUGUAUGUUUUAGCUCUUGUAGCUAAUUUCUUGAUCAUUUAUACGGUAAAGGUUAAUCACAGCCUACAUACUCCUAUGUAUAUUUUACUUGCAACUUUGUCAAUUGUGGAUCUUGCUAUGAGCAGUUUAACCAUACAGAUUUUAAAGAUAUUUUGGUUUAAUCAGAGAGCUAUUGCUUUUGAAGCUUGCUUGUUUCAGUUAUUCUGUGUUCACUUUUUUUCAUCACUUGAGUCAUCAAUUCUUGCUGUUAUGGCUUAUGACAGAUAUGUUGCUAUUUACAACCCCUUGCGCUAUAUGUCAAUUUUGACACACAGAUUUUUAGCUCAAGUGCUUUUAUCUCAUUUUCUGAGAGAUAUUAUCUUGAUAUGUUUGCUACCAAUCUUAACCUCCAGAUUGCCAUUCUGUUCGUCUAAUGUCAUACCACAUUGUUACUGUGAUCAUAUUGGUGUUGCAAAAUUAGCAUGUACUGAUAUAUCUAUGAAUAGUUACCUAGGCCUUUUUGCAAUAUCUUCUAUUUUUGGCUUGGAUAUCAUAUUCAUUACAUUUAGUUAUGUACUGAUUCUGAGAUCUGUUCUAAAGGUUGGCUCCAAGGAGGCAUUUCGUAAAGCAUUGAACACGUGUGGUUCUCAUUUCUUUGUAAUGUUGUAUUUUUAUACAACUUUACUAUUUAGUGGUUUAGUGUAUCGGACUGGCCAGAAGGUUCUCCCUGAAAUUCACAUUAUGUUUGCUGCUUUAUACCUUCUUGUACCACCAGUCUUGAAUCCUCUUGUUUAUGCCAUCAGAACCAAGGAAAUCCGUCAUGCAUUUUUAAAAAGUGUUUUGAAUAAAAGUAGUAACUCCAUAAAGCAGUAA